CCUAUACGUGUGUGUGGUGUGGGUAUAAAAAGCGCAUCCUAUAGAUUUUAUGUAAAUAAAUAACUUUUUUGAGUUUGCGAAGAAAAAUUAAAAUGAAAAUAUUGGUCACCGGCUCUACUGGUUACUUAGGCGCACGACUGUGCCACGCUCUCCUCCGUCACGGCCACUCCGUACGCGCCUUAGUCCGCCGCACCAGCGAUCUCUCUGAUUUACCUCCAGAAGUAGAGCUAGCUUACGGAGACGUAACGGACUUCCGUUCACUAGCGGAUGCUUGCUCCGGCUGCGAUAUUGUUUUCCACGCUGCGGCUGUUGUCGAGCCUUGGCUUCCUGAUCCUUCUGUAUUCUUCUCAGUCAACGUUGGUGGACUGAAGAACGUCUUGGAAGCAGUUAAGGAGACGAAGACCGUGCAGAAAAUUAUCUACACUUCUUCCUUCUUCGCUCUUGGUUCUACCGAUGGAUCUGUUGCUGAUGAGAAUCAAGUUCACAGUGAGACGUUUUUCUGCACGGAGUAUGAGAGAUCCAAGGCUACUGCUGAUAAAAUUGCUCUGAAUGCUGCUUCUGAAGGUGUCCCGAUAACUUUGCUGUAUCCUGGUGUUAUCUAUGGUCCAGGAAAGCUCACUACAGGCAAUAUGGUUGCUAGAUUGUUAAUCGAACGCUUCAACGGGAGAUUACCUGGAUAUAUUGGCUCUGGGAAUGAUAGAUACUCCUUCAGCCAUGUUGAUGAUGUUGUGGAGGGUCAGGUUGCUGCAAUGGAAAAAGGGAGGCUUGGUGAAAGAUACUUACUCACCGGGGAAAAUGCUUCUUUCAAGCUUGUCUUUGACAUGGCUGCACUGAUUACUGGAACCAAGAAACCAAGCUUCAGCAUUCCAUUAUGGGCAAUCAACGCAUACGGAUGGGUAUCUGUUCUAAUCUCUCGGGUUACAGGAAAGCUUCCACUUAUCAGUCCUCCGACAGUCACAGUGCUGAAACAUCAGUGGGCAUACUCUUGUGACAAGGCUAAGCUAGAGCUUGGUUAUAACCCUCGGAGCCUAAAGGAAGGACUGGAGGAAAUGCUCCCUUGGUUGAAGAGUUUAGGCGUCAUUCGAUACUGAAAUCAAGAUUACCAAUCUUCCAGGUAUUUCCAAGAAUAAUAAUUUCCCGUGAAUUCAAUGUUUCUUCAGUAUGAUGACUACAUUAUUACUGUCACCUUUACACUUUUAACCCAAUCGAUCAAUUUCUUACUACAAAACUGCUUUGGUUCAAUCUUCUAUGUCGAACAAAUGUGAAACAUGUUAUAUGCAAAUGCCGA